AACGUCGGGCGGAUGCCGCCGCCGUCGACUGUUGUCGAGGAAGGCAGCGCUGGAGGAGGAGGAGGAGGUGUUGACGACUACAACAACGACUAAGAUGGCGUCGUUGUGUUUUUAAACAAAAGUCGGCGUUCAAGAGACAUUUAUAAACACGGAACUCGGCCUUUUCUUCUCCCCCAGACCGGCCGGGUGUUCGAUUAAGACGCAGCCGGUUGUCCCGACGGAGUGCGGGCCGAGGAGAGUCGGGGCUGAGCGAACAAUCAGUCGGUGGUUUGGACGCGGCCGCCAUUUGCUGUCGCUGUCGGAGGUCGCAGAUCGACGCCGUCCAUCCCCAUCCACGGGCCGGGGCAGAGAGGCCUGGCAUUGCGCGGUGACUGCGGCUGCGGAUGUCCGCCGCCCCUCGCCGGUUCCUCUCGGUGGGUUUUAGCCCACGGUCCAAAGCGCUGGAGGCGGGGAAGACGCCAUGCACCCGCUGCCGUUGCCUUGCCUCUCGCCGUCCGUCCCUCUCCCCGUCAGCGCCUGCAACAACAGCGGAGGAGCCAAGGCCGCGGCCGCCGGUAACCCUCACCCUCGCCACCGCCCUCCGCGCCAGCAACAAGCCAAGGCAGCGGCCUCUGCCGCCGCUCGGGGGGGUCGCAAACUGCGCUCCGCCUCGUCCGCCGUCGCCUUCCUCCAGAGACAGCCGAGGACGCAGCAGCAGGCGGGCUGCCGGGGGGCAGCGGCCGGAGCCACGUCGACAGGACCGAGGACUCCCUCGGCAGCCGUCGCCGCCAGCGCACCGACGGCGGAGCAGCGAGCGAUGGAUGGGAAGGUGAUAAAAUCGAAUAUGGGAAGAUAUGAAACAAUCACGCCACAUACUCAGUUCUUGUAUUGUAUAAAUAAAACAGAAGAAUGCUUUCACGCCUUAAACUCCACCAAGAAAAUAAAUAAGAGUAACUUACUGCUGAAAAAAGGAUCUGUAAAAAGAAAUGAAAACAACCAUAGCCAGAAUACUCCCACUCCUGAAAGCUACAACGUACUCAAAAAAGAUGGGGGAAGAUCUGUUGUUCCUGGAAUCCACUACCGAAGUCUAAAAUUACAGAAGGUUGGACUCAAGUCUGUAACAACUCUUCAAGGAGAUCAAAAUUACGCUGGGCCAAAGUUUAGUGAGCCGCCAUCUCCCAGUGUUCUGCCUAAACCACCAAGUCACUGGGUGGGGGUACAUUCUGAUUAUCCUGAAGAUGGGAGUAGGGAAAUAAUGACUGUCCAUUUAAAGACUUUACUGAAAGUUAAUGCAUAGUUCAAGGACAUUUAAGGUUAGCUUAAUUAUUGAGGUAAGUGUUUAUUUGAGAUUCAAUUCAUAGCAGCAGUAGGUCCUGCAUUUUAGACUGUUGUAAAUUUCAGCUUGUGUUUUUGGGAUAAGCAUAUACCAGUGGUGCUAGUGAUGAAGUGGGACUGUGUACAUUAAUGUAAACCAUGUAAUUAUUUGUAUAUUUUCAUAUACUCAAUUUCAAAAAGGAAUUAUAGUUUCAUAUGAGAAUUUGUCUUGUUGGUGAGCUGAGUUAAAUUUUAUAUUUUAUAUAUAAGGUGAAAGCUCAAGUUAAAGCUAGAGCAAAAGUUAUAUCCUGUGCCAUUGCAGGAAAUGGUGAUUAUACAAAUAUUUGACAAUCUGAAAUAUUUUUGACAAAAUCUAUGGUUUAAGAAGUCAAUGAUUCAAGCACUGCUUUUAUCUGCACUACUGAAUGAUAUUACAAUGAACAAGAUGCACUUUCAUCUUAACGGGUGUUAAGUAUAUAAUGUGAAUUUUAGUCUUGUCACCAAAUUAAAGAUCUUGCUGGAGGGGAAGAGUUCAUUUUCCACAGUUAGUCUGUUGGUGCACAGUAACUCAGUGUGUACGAUUUCUUGGGGCAUGUAAAAUCUAUAAUCUCUUGAAUACUAUUGAUACAUUUUCUUUGUUCUUUGAAAAUUUCCCUCACUGAUUUGCCCCAUAUCUGUAUGUACACGGUGAAUUGUGACACUAACAACGAUGUAUCAGCUCAUCUAAGUUUCUUGCAGUUUCAGUUCUGGGAACAUAAUCUUAAACAUUCUAUUUUCUUGUAUUGUGGCCCUGUGGAAAUGUCUCGGCAAAUAUUAUUGGAUACUUCUGUUGUGACUGACUAUGUAAUGAACCAAGAUGCACAUUGAUCGACAACCUUUACUUGUGUCCAUACAAAACUGAAUUAUUAGCUUUUUUUAAAGAAAAAAUCUACUUUGGAUGAUUAAUGUUUUUCCAGUCUUCAUUAAGCGUAUAAAUUAGUUUAAUUUCUUUUAGUUCACUUUUAAAAUGGCCUUGAAAUAAACAACUCUAUUUUAAGAACAAUUUCAAAUUUUCUCAAAGGUUAACCCACAUGACAGUAAACCCGUCACAUGAUGAAAUCUUUUUUUACUGUAGACAUUGGUUCUUCCGGAUACGAGUUGUUAUAAGCUGUUUUAACAAUGUUUCAGCUGAGCACAAAUUGGUAACUUUGUAAUGGUAACAAAGUAGUUACCACAACAGUUUCCUAAAUCUUCCCUGCAGCCACUUUGCUUUUUAAAUAAUCGGGUUCGGUUUGGAAGAGACAAGAAUGUGUUCGCACUGCUCAUUGGAAAUGAUUGUGGGUUCAUUUUGGAACACAUUGUGUGUGUGGGCUGCACCAAAACUAAAUUGCAAUCUUGCGGUCUUUUGUUACAUUGGGUUGUAGGAGGGGUGGGGGGGGGAGGGGGAGUAAUGCACUGGAAAGUGUUUUGUGUAACUUGACACCAAUUUGAAUCCUUUUUUGUUGUAAGACUUAAAUAGUAUAUGGUAGCCAAAUACAUAAAAUUGAAAGCUGGAUCAGUUGGUUAAUGUUUUAUCCCUAUUCAAGUCAUUUAUUUACCAGUUUCUUUAAGGGAUAAUGCUUUAGAAUGAAGUACCGGUAUGUUGGUAUGUAGUAUUGUUGUUUUCCAAAGAAAGCUGGCAUGCUUAAAUUUGCUACAGUCUUUAAUUGUACUCUUAUAACUACAAAUUGGUAAAUUUUCAAAACAAAUAAAAUUUAAUUGGUCUCCC